CAGUAGUCAUUACAGUGGGGGCAGCGUGGCUCGGAAUUGGACUGGAAAUACUUCGCCACACAAGAACUUGGUGAAUGACGGGCCAGGCCACCCCAGGAACUCGGGCUCCCAGUGCACAUGGGCCCUCAGAGCGUGCAGAGCCGAGCACAUGGCUUCAGCCUUCCAGAAGGCCAUUUGGAAAUGUGGAGCAAAGGCUUUAAGAAAACGUGUCCGCCAUGCCAGAAACUGCAUGUCCGGGAAGCCAGCCCAAGGCAUCAAUUCCAGGAUAGCUGUGCAGAGAGGCUCGUCGGAGCGCCGCUGACGGCACAGGACAGGACAGAACGAGGCACGGCAACGGCUCAGCCCCCUGCUCGCCAGCCCCUCGCCCGCCCGGCAGGCGCACGGCCCAGGGAGCUGCUCAGGGAUUCAUGCCCUUCACGCGGCCCGUUUCCACCAGCCCCGGCCAACAGGUGCCCACGCCGGCCCCUCGGCACAGCCGCAAGCCGGGAACACCUAGGCCAAGACCAAAAAGGAAGCCAAGGCAGCCCUCCUGUAUCCCUGUACCGCCUUCAGCUCCAGGGUCAUUGCCUCGGUUGGGGAGGAGCUGUCCUGCGUUUCCUCUGCUCUGUAGCUGGACCUCAGCGAGCUGCCUGCCCAGUCUCUGGCUCCUCCCAGACCAUGGGCCCCAGGCGGAGCGCCAGGCCCGGUGCUGCUCGUGUCCCCGGGCCUAGUGUGGGGCUCUGCGCCCGGCAGCCGGGCGAUGAAACCCCCAGGGAAGGCGCGGUCGACCCGGCGCCGAGACCACGGGAUGCCCGAGGCCCCACCGGACAAGCUCACCUUCCCGGUCAGGCCCGAGCCACAUUUACUAAACGUGGACUGUGUGCCGGUCCUCAUCGCUCAUGACCCUGCUCGAUCCUGUGGGGACCCUGUCACAGGGAGGGCAGGCCAGGUGCCCUAACCCCAAAGACCCAACCUCCCAAGAUCUCCCAGGCCCCGCAACGCAGUGGCCCCUGAGGCCUGGAGGUGCGGCCGUCAGCAGAGGCCCAUGCUCCAAGGCUCCAUGCCCCUGGGCGCCUCCCCAGACCCCGCCACCGGGACACAAUCCUGUCUGUGCCCUGGGUGUGCACGACAAAUCGCAGGGCCAAAGCAGGGUGCUCGGCUGCAUGGAGCGCAUGGCUCCGGGGCGGACCAGCAGGUGACUACGGUGUGUUUCCUCCUGAAAAUCCAAGAUUUCCUCACCUCCCCAUGAGGAGCAAGUACAUCUUAUCUGUUUGGGAGAAAUUUUGAAGUAAGUCCCGUCCCCCUGGAAUGUCCCCUCCGGGCCCAGCCCUGGUCCCAGCCACAUGGCUGGAGCGUCCACAGGGCGGUAAGGCACGAGGAGUCGUAGCUCAGUGGGUUAGCACCCGCACUGCCCAAGAACAUUCCCUCCUGCCGGGCCUGCCCCACAGAGGAAGAGAGCCCAGGACACAGCAGGUAUUAGGAGCUGCUGUGACCCAAGCCUGGGCCUAGAUGGGGCUCUACCCCCGCCAGACCGGGGACAUCACCCACGCCAUGCAGCUGCGGUGUGUCCGGCUCAGCACCAGAGCCAGGGGGCUCUCGGUCAUCACAGGGCAGGGGGCAGACCCGAGGCUGCAGUGGGCCCCGAGCAAGGACUCAGGCCACAGCUCUGGGGACCAGAGGCAGACUCUCCCUGGAAGGGAUGUGGUGCAGCACUGCACCACGAGCAGCGGCCCCCAGCUGCGGCUCUGACCACGGCGUGAGGAAGUGGAAGGCUGCCCUGAGCACGCCGGGUGCAGACAUAGGCACUAGGGCCACGGCUGAGGUCGGGUCAGCACGGGGCCAGCCGGCCUCGGGGUUCCUGGCAACAGCACUGCCUUCUGUGGGAAAAGCCCGGAAACAUCUGCUCUGCUCCAGUCAGCAGUGGCAGCCACGGGGUCUAGAAACGGGGAUGUCAGCACCAUCUGGUCCCUUCCCGGCCAUCCCCAGCUCCUCUCCAGCACCUGCCCCCAUGUCCUCCUGGCUCCUUCCGGCCAGCGUCUAAGUGAGAGGCCCUGAAUCAUGUAACACUGACGGUAAGAACCACAAGGACAGCGAUCCUCUGGGAGCCCGGCACCAGGCACUGCACAUCGGCCGUCCCAUUCCUGCCGGGCUGGGGACAGGACUCCUCCCCGCUCACAGAAGAGGGGCUCCAGCUGCCCUGGCCAGGAACCAGGCUCAGAUCUGACGCCAGAGCCGUGCCCUCCGCCCCACAUCUGCCGCCCAGGGCCCCAAGCCCGGGUGCGGUCCCUGCUCUGCACUUCCAGCUGCGGCGCUGUGGGCCCCUCAUGGGAACGAGCAGGAGGCUCCGAGCCCUUCCCAUAGGGUCCUGGUGAGCGUGAAAGCCGGUGAGGCACCUGACACGGCCCAGCUCAAUGGACAACCACCAGAUCCAAUGUGGUUUGGGGGGGAAA